AUGCCUGGUGGGAGAAUGGCACACUCCAGGUUUAAAAUUCCACUCAAUCUUGAUGCAUCUUCUACAUGCUGUAUUAGUAAACAAUCUAAUUUAGCAGAGUUGAUACGAAGAUCAUCAGCGAUUAUUUGUGAAGAGGCACCAAUGAUGCAUAGAUUUGCAUUUGAAGCUCUUGAUCGGACUUUUGAAGACAUAAUAGGUGGUGAUUUGCUAUUUGGGGGCAAAGUGAUUAUUUUUGGGGGAGAUUUCCGACAAGUUCUACCCGUUGUCCAUAAGGGUACAAGGUCUCAGAUGGUCCAAGCCAGUCUGGUUAACUCUUCAUUUUGGAAAGAUGUGAGGAUUCUUCGUUUGCAGCAAAAUAUGAGAUCUAUCAAUGAUCCAGAGUUCUCAAAGUUUUUACUUAAUGUUGGUAAUGGAGGACAACCAUCUGUGGUUGAAGCGUAUAUGGUUGAAUGGGCAAUAAUCACUCCAAAGAAUGAUGAUGUUGACGUGCUUAAUGAGAUGAUCAUAAAGCAAUUUCCAGGGCCUGAACGUAUCCUGUACUCUUUCGACUCAGUUGAGGAUGACACCAGAAAUAUGUACCAACAAGAAUUCUUAAAUUCAAUUUCACCUUCUGCUGAGAUGGUUACUGGGGAUGUUCUGUUUGUUGGAAGUACUAAGAUUCUCCCAGGUAGGGCUUUGGGGAUUUGA